GUUUGCUGGUGCUUACAGGAUUCGCUAUCUUCUUAUCGCAAGAAUGUUACGUUUCAUAAGACUCUUGAUGCACAUCGAGCGAUUUCGUGCCUUUGUUACCACAUUUUUGACCCUCAUACAUUGUCUGCUGCCAUACUUGGGGACCAUAUUCUGUAUCUUAUGCAUUUACUGCUCUCUUGGUUUACAGUUCUUUGGGGGGGGUUGUCAACACUGGAAACCCCAAGUUACACCAGACUGAUCUUGCUGGUUAUGACUAUUUGCUUUUUAACUUCAAUGACUAUCCAAAUGGCAUGGUGACACUUUUCAAUCUAUUGAUGAUGGGAAUCUGGUCACCUUUGAUGCAGAGCUACAAGGAACUGACAGGGACUUCCUGGACUUAUGUCUACUUCUUCAGCUUCUAUGUUAUUGCCGUUCCGUGGCUAUUAAAUUUGAUUGUAGUAUUUGUCUUAGAAGCUUUUCAAGCAGAAAUGAAUCUAGAGGCUUCAACAAGAAUUGUGGAUGGUGAGGACAAGGAAGAAAGAAGAGGGCAGCGACGUCCUGUUGGUGCUAAGACUCGGAGUCCAAAUUGGAUGAUCUUCACCGUCGCAUGUCUUGGUCUGAACGAACACAGCGCUUCAAUCCAUAAGUUUGUCCAUUUUCCAGGCUGCUUUAUGCAAUAUUGUCUUCAGAAGAGUAAUUUUGGACCUGGUGGUGGAUAAAAAUCACACUCGAGUGAUCUACUUGUAUAUAGUUGUGAAUUGUGAUGUACUCCUACUCUCCCAGUGUAAAUUUUCAUCCAAGCAAACCGCAACAUUUUCACUUCUCCAUGCAAAUAUGUAGUGGUUUGGUGAAGCUUCAUUUUUCUGUACUUUUGGGGGCUGUUAUUUUUCAUUGCUAGCUGCAGUUUUGUUCUCUGUUAUAUCAAACGUUCGAGUUGAAACAAGAUGAAUUCAGCAAUUUUCAGUU